AUCAUCACUCAUCAUCACUCCAACUGUCAGUUGAAACAAAGGGGAGGAUUAUACAACUUCUUCAAGAAGGCAGUACAUGGUAGCCACUCCUGCAGUAAUUGAAGCUGGAGCUCAGACCAAGUUCUGUGCGAGUCUCCUGCAGCCCAGUGAGACUCUGGUCAUGACCGUCACUCUGAUCUCCCAAGAGAAGAGGACGGUCCUCUUUGAGGAGACAACCAGCACAGAAUUUCAUACCUGUGUGCAGUUUCAGGCUCCUUUUGUGCAGGAAGAUGAGGUGCAGAAUUUCAAGGUAGAGGUACAAGGCGCCACGUUUCACUCAGAAGAAGUCAGAAAAGUCAUGAUCAAAAUCUAUCAACCCGUCACAUUCAUCCAAACUGAUAAACCAAUUUACCUCCCUGGACAAACAGUGCAUUUCAGAGUCAUCACACUGGACACCAAGUUCAGACCAGUCAGCACGCUGCCAAUCCCAGCUGUCUCUGGGCGAGGGCAGGGUACACCCUGGACAAGUCGCCAGUCACUGAUGGCAGAGGCUGCCAUGCAAGGGGUUGUGAAUGUGUCAGUAACUGCUGAGGCUGUGGCAUCUCACAUGUCGUGUGACAAUGAGAUCGUGAGCGUGCCAGAGAGAGGUCGCAUUGAUGUGGUCACACGACCUCUCAUAGUAAAGGCUGAGGGAAGUGAGAUGACAAAAGCCUACAACUGGCUGCUCUGUCCUAAAGGCGACAUUCUGGGCCGAGCGCUGAGGAACCUGGAUGGACUGCUGAAGAUGCCUACUGUACAAAAAAACAACCAUCAUGCAGUGAACAGGAGCUUGUCUUGCCUCAAUGAGUCCAUCAGUGACCUCAACAACACCUACACCACAGCACUGCUGGCGUAUGUCUUCACCCUGGCAGGAGACAUGGAGACCCGUGCUCACCUUCUGGAGCAGCUUGACAAGGUUGCAUUAAACCAAGGACACAGUGGUGGCUCUUCAGGCUCUGGCUCUCUACUCCACUCUGGUGUUCAGUCUGGAGGGUUCAAGCACAGUGACAGUCCAGUCCUCCAGUGGCCAGCUGACAUUUGAUGUGAAUCAGGACAACAAGCUGCAAACCAGGAGCAUUUCCCCUCAACCUGAAACAGCCCACAGAAGCCUUGCACCCUUCUUGAGGAUGGUAAAAUUCCUCCACAUAACCAUCCAGAUUUUAAAUACUUUUGAAUUGCGUCAUCCUUCAAUUUUUAUAUUAAUUUCAUAUGGGAACAUAUUUAUAGAUCAUUUUUGGAAUCAAUCAAUAAGACAUACACAAGACAUUUUAACUGAAUAAACUACCUAUUAAAGUGAAUGUUACUUCAGCAACCCAGUGAAACGAAAGAGAUCUGCUGGCAAAUGUAGACUGUGUGUUUUGAGUGAAAUUAAUCAAGUUUUUUCUUACCUGAUUAUCAGCUUAAAGAGUGAAGAGUUCCUCCAACCUCCUGCCUUCUACUGUUCCCUGUUUUUUUUGUCACAUUCGCGAUGAUACAUGUGACCCAUAAGAACAACUAAUAACAGAAAGCCUCUUGGAAUUGUGAGAAGAGUUGUUGGUAUAUUUUUAAUGGGUUUACCCACGUUUAAAAAAAUCUACAUAUACAAGCUAAUUUUGGUUUUGAAGAUGCUAUUACAGAGACAGCAUCACAUGGAGAGAAGUUUUUGUAGAUGAAUCUAGAUGAAAAAAAUCAACAAUUUUCAUACAGCAACAUUUAACAAUGCUGUACAAAAGUAUUGUUGAGGGUUAUGAAAGACCAGGUAUUUGCACAAAUGACUGCUUGCUCUGAUUUUUGAACAACAGCAGGCUGAAGCUUUGGAAGACAUUUCAUAAAAGACUGCUUGCAUAUUUUUGUAUGUUAUAUAUGUUCUAAAUUGAGUAUAGCGGCAUUCCUGAUUCAUUUCCACAAGGAGGAUAUUCUCUAGCUGUUGUCAAUCCAUGCUUGAAAUAAGCUCGUUGGGAGCAAUAGCCUUAGCCUUUGUUGAUGCAAGAUUUGGAAGUCUUGUUUGAUUUCUUUUUUUCCUACAGCUCACCAAAGUUGUUCUUGGUGCUUAUGGCCAGUAAUCGUCAUCACUGUUUAUUAAAUCAUUAAUGAGCAUUUCAUUGUGCUGAAAUAAAAGAAAAUG